AUGGCCUGGGCCCUUGAAAAGUCAAGAGAAUCCAAGCAAAGGAUGCAAAGCCGAGUGGGAACGCAAGGGUUCCUGUGCUACAGGCAGCAAGUGACCGCAGCAGAGAUCCUGUUUGGCUCUGCUCCCUUUCAAGUCCAUCCGCACCAUAUGAAGGCGCCCUUGCAUGGUCAACGCAGCAGAUGUGUGCAUAGCCACGCUUUCUGCGGAAGUGAGGUUAUGCAAGAAGACAUCCUGAUGAUCUUCGCAAGCACGCUCUUGAAAAAGAUGAUGGCUGCAUGGGUUCAUGAGGUGCUCCACUAUUCUAGUAGCCAGGAUUUUGUGCAAAGCAUCCGCAUGCUUUUUGAGCAAGCAAAGCGGCGAGAGAAGCACAGAUCUAUGGAUGCUUGGAAGGGAGCAGCCACAAGAUGUCGAUGUUUGCGUGAGCACCAGCUGCGUGUCUCGCAUCAGAGAUGUAACCAGACUCUGGCUCGCGCGAUACGACUCUGGGAGCAGAGGUGGUCGAAGUGGGUUCGGCACCGGCGGAGUUUGCAAGAAUUUGAUGUUGCUUGCUGGCAUCGAAUCUGCCGGAGGGCCAUGGAUGCUUGGGUCAAGGUCCUACAAUUGGAAGCCAUUGCUGCAAAAGUGAGAAGUUCGUUGAAUUUGCGAUUGCAGCUGAUGGUGUUCCAGGUUUGGGUAGCACAGUGGCAUCAUGACCGCAAGGAAUCUGUAUUGUUACGCCUCUCCGCACUGUUCUUGCGGAAGCGAGGACUUAAAUGUGGUGUACGAGCUUUUCAGCGGAACGUGUGCUCCGAAACGCGCAAGAGAGCCCUUGCAGAGGCCCAGGAAAGGUUUCGAUUGGAAGCCGAACUGGACCGCCGAAAAGUGGCGAAG